UUAUAAAAAUCUUAUAGUAACAAUACCAAGUAUGGCAUUACCAUACAUUCCGAAACGAUAUAUCUUGACAUUCAUGGCUCAUCUUGGUUUCUUUGUUGUGUAUGCAUUGAGGGUAAACCUUAGUGUUGCAUUGGUUGCCAUGGUUAAUUCAACUUAUGCUCAUGGAUCAUCAUCAUUUGAUCCAGAAUGUGGUGGCGGAAACAAAACAGUGAAAGAAAAUAAUGGUGAAUUUAAAUGGAAUCAAAAUCAACAAGGUCUUAUAUUGAGUUCAUUCUUUUAUGGAUAUCUGUUCACACAACUUCCUGGUGGUUGGUGGGCAAAUAAACAUGGUGGAAAAUGGGUGUUUGGUUUGGGUGUACUUGGUACAUCAGUGCUAACACUAGUGACACCGCUUGCUGCAAAGUGUAGUUUUUAUUUACUUAUUGCUGUUCGAGUUUUGGAAGGUGUUGGUGAAGGUGUUACAUUUCCCGCAAUGCAUGCAAUGAUUGCGCAGUGGUCACCACCAGCAGAGCGUUCUCGGAUGUCAGUAUUUGCUUAUGCAGGUAUGCAUACUGGAACUAUUUUUGCCAUGCCUGUAUCUGGUGUCCUUGCUGAUUCAACUUUCUUAGGUGGUUGGCCAUCUGUUUUUUAUGUUUUUGGCUCUCUUGGGUUGAUUUGGUUUCUGGUUUGGUCACUUGUUGUUUACAAUAGUCCAGAGAAGCAUCCCACCAUAUCGUAUGAAGAAAGAAGUUUGAUAUCACGAAGUCUAAAAAAUUCAUCCUCAAAUACAAAAAUAGCUCCUACGCCCUGGUUUAGUUUUUUAAAAUCUAUCCGUGUUUGGGCGUUAAUAUGGGCGCACUUCAGCAACAACUGGGUGUGGUAUAUGGUAUUGACAGGAUUACCCUCAUAUUUCAAACAAGUUCUUGAUUUCAAAUUGACUGAGAAUGCAUUUUUAUCAGCUUUACCAUUUAUUGUCGCUUUCCUGAUUAUUAUGAUGGCAGGUGCAAUGGCAGAUUAUUUGCGGAAAGGAUGUCUUUCAACUACAGCAACGCGAAGAUUAAUGGGGGUGUUAGGAUAUUAUCCAACAUCAAUAUUUUUGAUUCUUGCCAGUUAUGCUGGCUGUGAUGAGAUUGGUUUAUCAGUGACAUACAUGGUGUUAGCUACAGCCUGUCUCUCAUUUAACUGCGGUGGGUACAUGGUUAACCACCUGGAUAUAAGUCCAAGAUAUAGCGGUAUACUGAUGGGCGUUAGUAAUCUAAUGGGUACCGUGGCCGGAUGUGUCACACCAUCGGUGACCGGUUUUUUUACCAAUGAUCACCCAACAAGGUUGCAGUACCGUAAAGUCUUCGCAAUUGCAUCUUCGAUAUGUGCGGCUGGUGGAACCUUUUUCAUUAUAUUUGUGACUGGUAAACAACAAUCAUGGAAUGAUAUUAAAAUUGCUCAAGCUGAAUCUUCAACAGGGAAAAGUGAGCAAGACGAUGAAGAGUGUUUAGUGAAUUCUCAAGAUGUGAAUGUCAUUUAAUGAGAAGACAGCUAGUUAUAGACAGCUGGUUAUAGAUAGCUGGUUAUAGAUAGCUGGUUAUAGAUAGAUAACUAGUAUAGAUAGCUAGUUAUAGAUAGAUAGCUAAGCCUUAUAAUGUUCUAAAGGGGCACGUUUUAAUCAAACAGUUCUUUUAUUAUCGUACUAAACACAAAUCUGCGGACCUAUUCGAGAAUAUUUUUGACUAAUAGUUUAUCAACUGUAACGGGUCCUAUUUCAUUGCCGUAUAAUAAUUUCUUUUGGUUUGUCUGUUCAGUAUUUAUAUUACUGUGGAAAGUGCCUGAUGCUGGGAGAAGGAUCUCCCGAAACGUCGCCUACUAAGCUAUCAUGUUCAAGAAAUGAUAAAUUUUCCACAGUAAUAAUUUCUUUACUUCGCCAGCCUCGGCUUAAUUCUCUUAGGAAUUUUUUUGUAUUUGACAAUGUUUUUACCUCUUUUUACGGAGAAUGUAUAUAUUAUAGCUGUAUGAUUUUUUAUCAACUUUUGACUGUUCAUAAUAAAGAUCUAAUAAUAAAACUAAUAUAAAAAAUAGGAAAUUUUCCAUGGUAAACCUUUAAAAGAAUGGGAGAUUAGUCAAGUCAUUAAAAAGAGAAAAAAAUAAUAUUUUUUAGUCGGAAGAAACACAUAACGAUUGAAGUAAAAUGAAGUGUUUUUUUCCAAAAAAAUUCCGCAAAAUUAUUUUUUAGGGUGCAAUUGUAAUCUGACCAUCCGUAUUGGUGGUACUUCAAAGAAAAGCCCAUUCAAAAGCUUCAAAAGUUCCACGAAUUGAAUUCACAUUACAUUGAAUUCAACUCGUUCUUUUGAAGUCAAUGUGAAAGUUACAUUCAUUCAUUAUUUUACACAAUAUGUGAUAUCACAAACUUCGUCUUUUAGGGUGGUACCACUCUAUUAGAAAAGUCAGGAAUUGUCAAGAAUUAUGGAAAUAUUGUUAAACUGUCAGGAAAAAGUCUGGACCAUUAGCGAUUUUUUAAUAUGUCAAAAAAUGUCAAUAAUUAUUAUUUUUCAAAAUAUUGAGAAGGAUUGAAUAUUAGAUCCGUUCUUAACAUUUUUUUAAAGACUGCUUUAUCGAUAUGUAAUUAAAUUUAAUUUUUAAAGGAUAAACAAGGGAAAUUUCAGAAAUGCUGUUAGUCUUAAAACUUUCUUCAAAAAAAACUUCCGACGUUCCCCUCCAAACGGGAUGCACUACCCUUAAUUAAUUUUAUAAGAAAUAUUCUUUUUAUAUAUAAUAUAUAUGUUAAAUUAUAAAAUUACAUUAGCACAUGGAUAUAUUUUUACUGAAUAUUUUUAAAGAAAUAUUGUGAAUAAUCACGCUUGAAGGGAAUUCUGACAAAGUAUUUGUUUUUUUCUUUA